CAGCUGCAUGGUGGCUCUGCAGAGAAUGGAUUAGAGGGGGAAGUGAGACGUAACACAGAAAGGGGUAUUUAAGAAGUGCUGUUGAGAGCCUGGCCUGGGGCAGUGGAGAAAGAGGGUAUCACAGAGAUUAGACUAACAGAUGUAAAGCAUAAGAGGAUCAAACAACUGCCCAAAACUGUGCUCCCAUAUGAUGGAACACUAUACAUGAAUGACUUCCAAAUGUAUUAUGGGAAGUGAAAGAAGCCAGACUAAAAAGACUACAAAAUAAAGAACUCCAUUUAUACAACAUUCCGUAAGAAAUAAACCUAUACAAAAAAAAAAAAAAAUCAGCAGUUGCCUAAGGUGGGGGGGAAGGAAAAGACAUUAUAAAGGGGCUUAAGGAAACUUUUUUGAAUGACAGAAAUGUUCUAAAUGUUGACUGUGGUAGUGGUUACAUGCCUGUGUUUGUCUAAAUUCACACAUGGUAAAAGCCACCACCUGUCUGUCAAUUUGCUGUACUACUGCAUCGGUAUUUGAAAUACCAGAAGGGGCACCCAUGAUAGACAGGUUUCAGUGGACUUCCAGACUAAAGAAAACCAGGAAGAAAGGCCUGGCGAUUUACUUCCAAAAACUAGCCAAUGAAAACCUUAUGAAUCACAAAAGAACACUGUCCAACAUGUCAUCAGGAUGAUCAACAGCUGAAAGAGAACAUCACGUUUCGUGAAAUAGAGGGCCAGCAAGACCCUCAGUGAGAUGGACUGGCACAAGAACUGCAAUGACGGACUUGAACAUGCAGGUGAUUGUGAAGACGACGCAGGACCAGGCAACAUUUCAUUCUGUUCUGCAUUAGGUUGCCUUGAGUUGGAGUCCAUUCGACAGCAGCUACUUAUCUAUCUAAACCUAAAAACGGUGAAUUUUAGGUGGCCCGCCCCUGCCCUUUCGUUAAUAAAAUAGGCAUAGUUUUUUUCUAAUACCUCGAUAAACUUGCUUUAAAAGAGCCAAUUACAAAACAAGAGUUAAAAAAACACACAAAACCUCGCAGGUUCUAGCUGAGGUCCGAGAGGACACAAAAUUAGGAAAGAGAACACAGGUGAAGAUCAAGCAAGUUUAGGAGGGCAGAUGAGUUUUGAUCUGGAGAUCUGAUUUCCAGGUAUGUUCAAGAUUUCCAAAAGAACCUUGAUAGAGAGGCCAGAGCAAGGGAGGCAGAUUCAAGACUCACCAAAUACACAAGGUCACUGAAGCCAUGAGACUACACAGGUGUCACCAGGAAGUGUAAAGAGAGGAAGGUAGUGAGCCAAAGUCACAACUCCCAGAAACGACCACGUUUAUCAAACGGAAGAUCUCCAAGGAGGGAGGGAUCAGCAGUAUCAUAUCCUAAAGUAAGGCUGACAUUGUUCAGUUCUGACCAGGGCCGGGCCUGAGAGGAAGCAACACAAACGGAUCCUUCAGUGGGGUAGCAGCAGCGCUGGGGUACCAAGAAGAGUGGAUAAGGAAGUGUGAACGCCUCCUUUGGGAAAUGGUGGGGUCAACUGGCUAGGAGACAAAAAGUUAUGUGUACUUACUGCAGUUCUACUAUGGGUGGGGAGCUGGCCCUUCUACAUGCCUCAGCGGCCCUACUACGGGCUAUGAGGCCUACUACGUGUCUGCCUUCCACAGGCCUAGGAGGUCCCACUUCCGGCUUCCUCCCUGCCUCGAGUAUUCCCUACCUGCUCCGGGAGCCGGACCAUGAAGCGACAGGCCUGCUUCCUACCAGGGCGUCCCCCUCAACCGCUCACCUCCUCCUCACAGCAGCCCCCGCCCCACCCUCUUUCUCCCAGCCCCAUCGCGCCCCCACACUCCCCGGUAUCCCUCGGCCCCGCGCCUCCUCUGCUGCAAAGCUGCGUCUCCCCUAGACCCAGAGCUCUGAAGCAGAACGGCGGGGGUCCCUGGCCCGGGUCCCGGCUCUCUCACCAUCGCGGGCUCUGGCUGGGCCGGAAAGCGGAAGUGCGGAAGUGGCCGGCCAGCGACGCCUGCCCUUUCUCGAGAAGCGCAGCCGCAGUCUCCGCCCGGACUUCCGGACGAUACUAUCUCCGCUCCAGAGCGGGGGGAGGAGGAUCCUAGGAACACUUAGAUCCUUGGCAAGUUUUCCCGCUAGAACUAUCAUGGUAUUGGACUACGGAAGUUGCAAAUCGAAACUCAAGCUUUUCCAGGUAUCCAUAUAGUUCUCGCUUAUGCCUUUGGCCUUCUUGUCGCCUUAGCCACAAUCUCUUCCUAUAGUUAUGCAAUGGUACAUCCCAGUCUCAGGUUGGGCACCAUAUUAGGACAGGGUGAGGAGGUGAAUCCUUUCGUUCCUUCCGGUUCUGCGCCCCUAUCCUUUCUCCCGGCUCCUCCUACCUGCAGCCCCCGGGACUAACUGCCGCCUGGCGCCGAGAUCCCGGCCGCUGAGCCCCGCCCCUAGCCCCAGGCUUUCUAGGGUACGCCCUAAGGGUACCAUUCCACCCGCAGUGGCCUUGCUGGCGGUCUGCACCCCCUCUCGGAGCCACAGUGGGAUUGCCCGAGCCGUCUCCCCGCCCCCGGGCCAACUGCAGGGGGCCCGCCCAUCGCCAGUUCCGGGGCGGUUGCUCCCACCGACCGGAACUCCUCUCCCCCUCCCGCGGCCCCGGGCCGUAGGAGGCAGCAGUGAGGAGGCACUGAGCUGAGCUCUUGACGGGCCUCAUCUCUUAAUCCUCAGAACAUCCCAGGGAGGUAUGUACUGUUGUUAUCCCCAUUUUACAGACUGGGAAACUGAUUCAGAGAGACAAAUAGACUUGUCUUCUUUUGUCCCCAUUUUACGGAUGGAAAAAGAUUAAAUAACAUGUUCAGGGCCACAAGCAGAGAAUGGUAAAAGCUGAGCUUAAACUCAGGGCUGCUUGGGUACCCAGCGCACAUUCCUGACACUAUCAGGGACAUAGAUAAAGAGAAUUGGGUAAGGGGAGGUGGGCAACGGAGAGCAUGGGAAGCACAGAAAACUUUGUAAAAAUGAGAUGCUUGGAAACCAGGAGAGAUGAGACAAAAAGGAACAGUGUCAGGAAAACAGGGUACAUUGUAUUGUUGUGAUUAGGGCCACAGACAUGAGACUUCCUGGGUUCAAACUGCAUUUCUGUAAGCUUAGGCCUGUGCCCACCCUUACAGAGUCUCAGUUUCCUUGUCUGUAGAACAGAGAUGACAAUGGUUGUUGCUCCUGGGGUUGGGUGAUGAAUUCCACAAGAUAAGCCUAUAAGUACUCUGCACCUAGUUUGGUACACAGUGGGUACUCUGUGAGUAGGAGCUGAGCCACCAGCAUUGUCAGAAGCUACACAGGGCUCCGUAUCCUGGGCCAUGAGUGAGCUGAAGGACUGCCCCUUGCAGUUCCAUGACUUCAAGUCUGUGGACCACCUGAAGGUCUGUCCCCGCUACACGGCAGUGCUGGCCCGCUCCGAGGAUGAUGGCAUUGGCAUUGAGGAGCUGGACACCCUGCAGCUGGAGCUUGAGACUCUGCUCUCCUCUGCGAGCCGGCGCCUACGGGUGCUGGAGGCAGAAACCCAGAUCCUCACAGACUGGCAGGAUAAGAAAGGUGAUCGACGAUUCCCGAAGCUAGGUCGAGACCAUGAACUUGGCGCUCCUCCCAAACAUGGAAAGCCCAAGAAGCAGAAACUGGAAGGGAAGGUGGGACAUGGGCCAGGCCCUGGCCCUGGGCGGCCCAAAUCAAAAAAUCUUCAGCCCAAGAUCCAGGAAUAUGAAUUCACUGAUGACCCCAUCGACGUGCCACGGAUCCCCAAGAAUGACGCCCCGAACAGGUUCUGGGCUUCAGUGGAGCCCUACUGUGCAGAUAUCACCAGCGAGGAGGUGCGCACGCUAGAGGAGCUACUGAAACCCCCAGAAGAUGAGGCUGAACAUUACAAGAUCCCACCCCUAGGAAAGCACUACUCCCAGCGCUGGGCACAGGAGGACCUGCUGGAGGAGCAGAAGGAUGGUGCCCGGGCGGCGGCUGUGGCUGACAAGAAGAAAGGCCUUAUGGGGCCACUGUCCGAAUUGGACACUAAAGAUGUGGAUGCCCUGCUGAAGAAAUCUGAGGCCCAGCAUGAGCAGCCGGAAGAUGGGUGCCCCUUUGGCGCCCUGACGCAGCGCCUUCUGCAGGCCCUGGUAGAGGAAAAUAUUAUUUCCCCCAUGGAAGAUUCUCCUAUUCCUGACAUGUCUGGGAAAGAAUCAGGGGCUGACGGGGCUAGCACCUCUCCCCGUAAUCAGAACAAGCCCUUCAGUGUGCCGCAUACUAAGUCCCUAGAGAGCCGCAUCAAGGAGGAACUGAUUGCCCAGGGCCUUCUGGAGUCAGAGGACCGCCCAGCGGAGGACUCUGAGGAUGAGGUCCUUGCUGAGCUGCGCAAACGGCAGGCUGAGCUGAAGGCGCUCAGCGCCCACAACCGCACCAAGAAGCACGACCUGUUGAGGCUAGCCAAGGAGGAGGUGAGCCGUCAGGAGCUGAGGCAGCGGGUCCGCAUGGCAGACAAUGAAGUCAUGGAUGCCUUCCGCAAGAUCAUGGCUGCCAGGCAGAAGAAGCGGACUCCUACCAAGAAGGAGAAGGAUCAGGCCUGGAAGACUCUGAAGGAGCGCGAGAGCAUUCUGAAGCUGCUGGAUGGGUAGCCCUCACCCUGACCUCAGGCUGUCUGCUGCCUGGCCUGAGGGAGGGAGGGGCGGGAGGCCCACUUCCGUCCUUGGGCUGCCGGGAGUCACAGCUGUGGCUGUCCUAUCAAAUGAGGAUGGUUUCUCUAGAAACUGAGGACUGUGGCCCCUCCCUGAGAUCUUUUGGCCUGGCUCUGUACAGCCAGGACACAGGAGGCCCGGCUGGGCUGGGCUGGUUUGGGUCCUGGUCUCUGCUUGGUCCCUCAGGUGAGGGACCUUCUUUUUUGGGGCUUCUUCCCCCUUCUUCACUUCACCAUGUCCCACUCCCCUACUCCCCGCCCCCUCUCCCCUUCAUGGACUUCUCCCUUGUGGUUUUGUAAAGUGUAAACUUAAGGUUAAAGUGACUGCUGUGGUUUUUAAAAAACUA